UAUCAAAAUGCAAUACAUGAAAUUGAUAUAAUGAGCAAUAAUUCAGACACAGAACCUGACAUAGAAUACGUCUCAUCAAAAAAACAGCGCAAUUGCUCUGAUCUUCCACAGCUGUCAUAUGAUAAUAUGGCAGAAGAAAUUUUAAAGAAUAAUGAGCAUAAUGCUUCUUCAGCAAUAAUACCUGAAGAUGGAGAACAAAUAAUGGUGACUAAUUACGAAAUCACGACACCGAAAGAGUCAACUCCAUCUGAAACACCGUUGAGCGCGCCGCAAGAAAAUAUUGAAAAAUACAUUGUUAUUCCUGAAAGUAAUCAGUCGGACACACCUAUAAUAUACUCGUACAUUAAUAAAGAAACAAGUUUAUCAGAAGAACAAUGCGAAUUAAAAUCCAUGAAAAUAGAUAUCACCACUAUUAAAAGUGACCUAAAAUCCAUAAAUGACGAUAUGAAGACUAUAAUGGGGACCCUAAACACAACACUAAAUAAUCAAGCCGUAUUACACGAAACACUGAAAUCGAUUUUAUUACAAGUGACUGAAAUACAAGUUACGAACGAAGAAUUCAUUAAAAAAUCUAUUACAGAAAAACAAAACCAUUCGUUGAUGUUAAAACCAAUACAAGAUUUAAAAGAUUUAGAAGAGUUUGAAAAUAAAUUGAUGGAUUCUGAUUAUAGAGAAGAUUUACUAAGAAAGUUUAGUGUGUUUGGCACUAAAGGGACAGGGAAGGGAAUCACAAGAGCAUAUACAAUUAUUGAUAUUUUGUUUGAAAGAAAGUUUUUCAAAUCGUGUUCGUGGACUGGAGCUUCACGUUCCCAAAAUGAAACAACAGAAAAAAUCUGCUUAAAAGGUUUCUCUAAGAUGAUUGGUUUCUUUUUUGAAGUUAUUUAUAAACAAGACUCGUCGUUCCAUUUAACUGACUGUCAUAAUUUUUUUAAAACAAUUUUGCGAAAUGCCGAUCAGCGGGCCAAAUCGAAGCAAUUACGAACUUCCGCAAGUAAAUGCAGAGGAAAAAAUAGCGCCAAAAGGACUUCUUCUGAAAAUCCUACAUCUACACCACAAACCACUGGUAACCAAUUAGAAGUUGAAGAUGUUACAGAGGAAAUUUUGUCUGAAACUAUUUGAUCUAAUUUUUAUUUGACUAAGUGACUUUUGCAUCAAUAUUAAUUAUAACACGAGAGACAUUAGACUACCCCAAUCUGUCUUUGACAGUUUGGGAUAGUCUGACGUGCUGUCGUCACUCAAAUACAAAUAGAUCAAUAUCCCUAGUAACUAAAUCAAAUCAUUUCAGACAAAAAUUUAGUCUGAUCUGAUUUGCUGAAAUUAUCUUCUAAGUUGUGUAGUUUUAGUAAAUUUUACCAGACUGCGACGAUGCUCAAAAUUAGGGUUAUAUAUUUGACCUGAAUUAAAGAAUAUAAUCUUAUAUUAUAUUAUAAAAUAUUUCAAUUUAAAUUUGCCAUAAAGAUGAUUACAUGAUCUUAAUGGCGAAGUUAAAUUGAUAUAUUUUGUUUAACUCGUAAAGUUUUAUUAGUUAUAAGAUUUAUUAGUACAAGGAAGCUAAGAUAAAUUUAAAAUUGUUGCCAGCACAUUAA